AUGAACCCUCUUCAGAAGAACAAGAUCGACGUCUCAUCCCUCUCUCCGGAGGAACAACGCCUCUUCCGCCUCUACGGCAAACUCCCCUCCCGCUCAGAUCACUUCGCCAAGCACUUGAAGGAACGCAAGUACUUCGAUUCGGGCGACUAUGCCAUGUCCAAAGCUGGCAAGGGCGACAGCGUCGAUACGGGCGCCGUUGGCAGCCAGCACCCCGUCCCAGAGAACAUUCCCCAUCUUUCGAGCCCUGUGAACAACUCCUCGUCUUCGCUCAACGGCGCUAAGCACCACCCCAGCGUCCCCAGCGGAGCCCAAGCCGGCAGCCCUGUCAAGGAGUCUAGCUUUCUGAACCGGGAGACCAGCGCUGAGGAGGUCGAGAAUAAGGACAAGGAAAACAGCUUGCCAGUUGAUGGCGCCGCUAAGACUGAGAGCAUUCCCAUCCGGAGAUGA